AUGAAAUAUAAAGCAAAAUCGAUCGAAACGCUCGCACAAUUCCCAGAUUUCAGCUCCCAAAUCCAUUGCAUAAAACACCCGAACCCAUCUCAGGUCGGCGUGUGCGCUCCCUGCCUGAGGGGCAAAUUGGUAAAAUUAGCCUCCUCCGACGCCGGCCUCUCCUCGUACCGCCACUCGACCGGCUCCGUCGACCUCGACGGCGCCGGAAAAUUCACUUUCUUCGCGGAAAACGAGGAAACAACCAAAACCCAGUCGAAAAAAUCCGAUCUUUUCAUGAGGAGCAACAGCGGCUGUGCGGAUGGGCCAAAGGGGCCGCUGGAAAAAUUCUGGAGAGUUAAGCGCCUUUUUGGGAAAGGGAUUAUUAAACUGCAUGGGUCGCCGGAGAAUUUUGGAUUUUCGGGGGGCCAAAGUGGAAUUAAUUAUAGGGUUAGGUCCAUGUCGUCAUCGUUCUCUGUGGCCAAGAUGUCUGACGUCACCAAUGGGUUUUCGCAGUUUGAUGGUGUUUUUCCAGUUAUGGAGAGUGGUGAUUUUAUUGAUUUGGAUUUCGAUUUUUCGUCUGAAUCUGAUAAGCAGGAUUUUUCUGAGUCGAAAAAUGGGUGUAAAAGGCACAAGAUGUAUGUGACGAGGCCUCUUUCCAAAGUGCUGAAAUCUCCGAAAAUGGGGCAGCCCGACGGCCCGAAUUCGGGCUGCUUAGUGAUACAAGACCAGGAAUCCGAAACCUACUCGUUUUUCGGGUUGUGGCGAAAUCGGAAGCUCAAACUUCUGCCUUUUCCUCAGGACAAAGAGCUCAGUCACCGCUUCAAUGAUUCCGUUUUGUUGAUCCCGGUUAUCAAUCAGCCGCUCGACUCCAAUCGGUAUUACGCGAUCGUCCCACAUGGACCGCGAAAAGGAGAAGCAUAUACCUGCUCAAGGGAAGAUGAUAAGAUCACCUGCUGUUUCUGCCGUUUGGUGAACGACAUAGAACCGAUGCCAUUAGAUCCGAAAAACAUUUAUCAACAAUUUCAGAUAUCUCCGUACAACGGUGGCUUUAUCGCCACCUCCAAACCUCUUGACAGCUUCCCACCGUCAUUCCUCCGCCGGGAAGGUUGGACCAUCCACACAAAGACCCCUCACAAUUUCAAGCUCGACACCGCAAACGGCCUCGACCCUGUACUCCGGGCCCGCCUCCCGGAUUUCGAUUUCCCCAUUUCCCGAGAGUUUUCCAAGCCUUUAGUCGUCGGGAAAUGGUAUAGCCCCUUCAUAUUCGUAAAGGAAGGGACUCUACAUGAACAAGUAAAGCGUUCGGUGUACUAUGAGUGGACGCUCGAGCAAAGAUGGGAAAAGAUCUUUGCUUGCCGUAACAAGGGUAACGAUAACCGAGUGGUGAUUGACGAAGUGUUUGAGGACGAACAAGCAUUUGUCGGUGGGGUUAGAGGCGAGUGGGACGAGAAGAGUUCGGGUGAUGGGGUGGUUUGGUAUGUGGGCUAUGGUAGUGAAGGAGAGAAAAAAACGAGCGUAGGGUUGAGAGUGGAAAUAGUCGAGCGAAUGAGGCCUCUUUCCCAAGUGCUCAAAUCUCCUGAAUUUGGGCAGCCCGACGGCCCGAAUUCGGGCUGCUUAGUGAUCCAAGACGAGGAAUCCGAGACCUACUCGUGUUUCGGGUUGUGUCGGAAUCGGAGGCUCAAACUUCUGCCUUUUCCUCAGGACAAAGAGCUUCUUGUUCGUUACACGACGACCAACGGCCAGACAACCACCGUUUACGAGGAUCCCGUUUUCUUGAUCCCGGUUAUUGAUCUACCGCUAGACUCCAAUCGGUAUUACGCAAUCGUCCCACAUGGAAAGCGAAAAGGAGAAGCAUAUACUUGCUCAAGAGAAGAUGAUAAGACCACCUGCUGUUUCUGUCGUUUCGUGAAAGACGUAAAACCGAGGCCGUUGGAUCCACAAAACAUUUAUCAGCAAUUCCAGAUAUCUCCGUACGAAGCGCUUUGCAGCGGCACGGGUGGCUUUAUCGCCACCUCCAUAGCUCUCGACGGCUUCCCACCGUCAUUCCUCCGCCGGGAAGGCUGGACCAUCCACACAAAGACCCCUCACAAUUUCAAGCUCGACACUGCAAAUGGCCUCGACCCUGUACUCCGGGCCCGCCUCCCGGAUUUCGAUUUCCCCAUUUCCCGAGAGUUUUCCGAGCCUUUAGUCGUCGGGAAAUGGUGUAGCCCCUUCGUGUUCGUAAAGGAAGGGACUCUGCACGAACAAGUAAAGCGUUCGGUGUACUAUGAGUGGACGCUCGAGCAAAGAUGGGAAAAGAUCUUCGCUUGUCGUAAUGAGGGCAACGAUAACCGAGUGGCGAUUGACGACGUGUUUGAGGACGAACGAACAUUUGUCGGUGGGGUCAGAGGCGAGUGGGACGAGAAGAGUUCGGUUGAUGGGGUGGUUUGGUAUGUGGGUUGCGGUAGUGAAGGAGAGAAAAAAACGAGCGUGGGGUUGAGAGUGGAAAUAGUCGAGCGAAUGAGGAGGAUGGAUGGGAGUUUGGUGAUGUGUUGUGAGUUUAGGCACUUUCACCAUGUGAGGGCUAAAUGGGAG